AUGGGUUCCACGCUUGAAGCUCUCCCAACGGAGAUAUUGACGAUAAUUGCUGUUAACUUAGACACCUUGGGCCAACGACUGCAGUUGCUAUGCACGUGCCGCCGGCUCUAUAACGCGCUAUUGCCCACGUUGUAUAGAGCUAUUUCACGUUCUCAAGGAAAUGUUGUCCCCUUGCUUCGGACUAUCUUACAAAAACCAUGGCUUGCUCAGAUGGUCCGCGAAUUACGCUUACCGACCACGAAGCGGUCGCUCUUCACUGCUGAUGAAGAUUUAGGCUAUGAGCGCUGGACAGCUCUGGCCGCCGCUGAGCCCGUCCUCCGCAAGGCAGUUGAGCCAUUCUUCAUCGAUGAUAUAUACGAACAGGAGAAACUGGAAAAAUUGGAGCUCGAGCUACCUGGGUAUCAUUAUUUGAGUCGAGUAGCUCAUCGAUCUGCUGGAACGACAUACCGAGGGAAUAAUUCUUCACUAAGUUGUGAUGACCAUCGUGAGGAAGACACAGUUCCUAUUAUUCUCCCACGCCUCACCUCUAUGCAUAUGUACUGGCCCGAUGAGAGCCAAAUGUCUGUCGACUUUGCAUUCCCUUUCUUCCAGCUACCAGCAAUUCGACAUUUCUCUGCAGCCGGUUUUCUCAAAUCUGUGACAGAAUGGAAGAACAAGAGCCAGUCACCGAUAACUCACAUCCUUCUGAUGUACUGCCUAUUAGAGGAUGGGGCAAGGCAGAUAGUCCAAAGUUGCAAGAACCUUCAAUCAUUCAUAUACCUCCAUUCAGAGGCGGAUAUGAUCGAGGGAGACCCCGACCCCGACCCCGACCCCAUGAUUAAACCCCUCCCUAAGCUCUUCCGCGACUCCCUCCUUUCAGCGCGACAGAGCCUUGAAACACUCUGCCUGGAUUUCAACUCGGAUACGUCAAGCGGUGGCGCACGCUUUACCACCUUCGGCUCCCUGUCUGAGUUCACGGCACUCAAACAUCUCCAUAUUACCGCCUGCGUUCUCUUGCCCCUCUACUGCCCUAGCGACUGUCAUCCUUCGUCAAAUCUGCGCCCCAACACGGCCCCCGCCUUCGCGAGACGAGUGCUAAUGGUACGUGUAGAAAUCAAUGCUCAGAUCUCACGUAGAAACGAGAUUUCUGACCCCCUUUAA